AUGUCUAAUGCCGGCACAAAGGUCAACGAUCCACACUCGAUCAUCAAAGAAGGUGCCGGAGCAGUAGCGUCAGACUCACUUGCAGCCGAGUCAACAAGAUCUGGAGGAGGCUUCGCUGAGAAUCGUGAUGGCGAACCAUUAGGUGUUGCGGGCUCGAACUCCACAUUCGCAAAUACCAACACAUCAGGAGCUACACGCCUGGAUCCUGCUUCAGACGCUGAAGCACGAAUGGCCACGGAAGACUGGGCGGAAGAGAAGAAACUUGGAGCUACUGGUUCAUACCAGAAAGAUGCUAGGAAUCCCAACGCGAAAAAGGGUACAAGCAAUGCAGGAGUAGCACCGAGUUAUAUUAACAAUCAAUACCAAUCUGGUGGUAAACCAAAAGGAAAGAACUUGAAGGAAGGUGGAUUUGAGAGCAACGAUGCAAAUAAUGCCAGUUUUCAUUCGGUAAUAGGAGGGAAGAAUGAUCCAAGUCGACUUGCUGAGCAGAAGAUGAUGAGGGAAAAUGCUCAAUCGGCAAAUGAUGCUGGGUUUCCUAGAGAUAAGGGAACGACAGGAGGAACUCCAUAUGACGCUUUGGGCGGAGACACUGCAGCUUAG